CUGCUUUCAACUUCGAAGACUAACCAUGCAUUGUACUAAAUCAUCAUACAAAUUUUACCUAUUGUCAACCAGUCGCCAGCGAGCGCAUCUAGUGUAGUGGUAUCAUAGUACCCUCCCACGGUACUGACCGGGGUUCGAUUCCCCGGAUGCGCAGAAAAUGUUCGUUUAUUUUUACGCUGCGUUUUGCCAUUUCCGAAUGCAAUAUUUCUUAUUUUUGCGCUGGGUUUUGCCAGUUUCGAAUGCAAAAUUAAACUGGCUUGAUCUCCCAAUGAGAACUCAUGCAGAGCUUAGUAGCAUUGCCAACCAAAUCAUCCAUUUCUCGAACAAGUGCACUUCACAAACGCACAUCCACCAAAUUCAAGCCCAGCUGAUUCUCCAAAACCUCCACUCAAACUCCAACGUUGCCCACCAUUUCAUUACUGCAUGCCAUUCUCAUUCUCUGGACCAAUUGCACUCUGCUCUCUUCCUCUUCACCCAACUCCCUAAACUCCAUGUCUUCAUUUACAACACCCUCAUCAGAGCCUUUUCUCAUGCCCAAACCCCUUAUGUUCCCAACUACAUAUACGUCCUUAUGCAUAGGAACUCCGUCUUCCCCAAUAAGUACACCUUCCCUUUCCUUCUCAAGUCGUUGUCUGACUUCAAGGAAUUCAAACAAGGCCAAUGUGUGCAUACCCAUGUCGUGAAAUUCGGUCAUUUGAAUGAUAUUUAUGUCCAGAACGCGUUGUUGAAUGUUUACGCGUCAUGUGGCCGUAUGCGACUGUGUCAGCAAGUGUUUGACGAAAUGCCCCUGAGGGAUGUUGUGUCGUGGACCGUUUUGAUUAUGGGCUUUGGACGUUCUAGGAAAUAUGGUGAUGCUUUGAUUGCAUUUGAGCAGAUGAAAUAUGCAGGAAUAGAGCCUAAUCAUGUAACAAUGGUUAACGCAUUAGCUGCAUGUGGGAAUAUUGGGGCCAUUGAUAUGGGGGUCUGGAUACAUGAUUAUGUAAGGAGUAAGGGGUGGGAGUUGGAUGUGAUUUUGGGAACUUCUUUGAUUGAUAUGUAUGGGAAAUGUGGAAGAGUUGAAGAGAGCUUGAAUGUUUUCCGAAGCAUGACGGAGAAGAAUACUUUUACCUGGAAUGCACUGGUUAAGGUGCUAGGUCUUACUAAAAGUGGAGAGACUGCAGUUUGGUGGUUUAAUAGAAUGGUGCAAGAAGGGUUCAAGGUUGACGAUGUGACUUUGGUUGCGGUGCUUAAUGCUUGUAGUCACUCAGGGUUGAUUGAUAAAGGUCGACAGAUAUUGCUUUCAUUGUUUGAAGGGAAGUAUGGACUUUUACCUAAUGUCAAGCAUUAUGCAUGUAUGAUUGACCUGUUGUCACGCGCUGGUUGUCUUAGCGAUGCUUUCUACUAUAUUAGAGAAAUGCCCUUUGAGCCUACAAAAUCUAUGUGGGGCUCAUUGCUGGCCGGUUGCAGACAUCACGGGAAUCUGGAAUUGGGUGAGAUUGCAGCUAAAAAUCUUGUGCAGUUGGAACCUCAGAAUGGUGCUUAUUAUGUUUUGCUCUCUAAUUUGUAUGCAGAGAUGGGAAGAUGGGAUGAUGUUACAAAUGUGAGGGAAUUGAUGAAAGAGAGGGGACUUGUCAAGGACAAGGGUUGUAGUUCUGUAGAACUUCAAGUACAGUCGCAUGAUAUUGAAUUGUUAGCUGUUUAAAUCAGAUUGAAUUUGAUGUACAUAGGUUUUCUUACAAUGACCUUGUGAUUAUACAAAUCAAGGCUUUACACAUGGGGCCAGCCGCUUUCUUUAUCUUGCUUGCCGUUAGUCCAUCUAGCGCCUUUCGGUUGGGGUCCGCCCCGGGGGUUAGUUGAGGAUCCUACUCUCUGGGGCCCUGUGGUUGAUGAGCUAUUAAUCGAUUUUCAGUUAUUGCUAGGAGAUGGUGCUGAUUACCCAAUGAAUUAUAAACCGUGUAUGGAUGAUACUGGUGACAUGGUUGCUACAUCAGACAAUGGGGAAAGACUGCUGACUUAAGACACUAGGCAGAGUUGGUGGCAGCAUCUAUAUCAGCGAGCUGGAGGAUCCGAGAGUGGAAGUUCAUUGGUGAUUCAACACAAAGGAACAGGCAACGCCAAGUGGUCAGGAGGAUGUUGGUUACUUGUCUUUCUCAAGAGUUUUUGGCUCAAGAACCACCACGUUAUUGUCAGAAUGCGGUAAAAAUGCUGAAAAUAAAGGGGUCACAAGUAUUUGAAUUUCUCAUGGAGGUAUCUGCAUUCUGCACAAAGAUUCUACCAAGAUCAGGAUUUUAUGAAUUUUUUGUCAACACCACAUUGAAAGUUGAGGCCGUGAGGGUAUCAGAUUCAGAGACCCUCUUCUGGAAAAUGUUAGCUUUGUGCCAAGAGAACAGAACACUGACAAGGCUGCUGGUUGCUUCUGGUGGCUCCUUGUGCUUCAGUCGGUUUGAGUGUCAAAAAUUGAAUGCCAGAUCCCUGACAUACCCAGCCGGCGGCCUGUGAAUGGUUGGUUGUACUAAUGAGAGAAUGACUAAGAUAAUAAUGGACAGUUGCACGCUGCAAAGUGAGCAAGACCAAGUGCUGGUGAAUCAUUGUCACUCUCAAGAGGUUCGUUUGAUUUACUUGCGCCCAUCUUCAGUUAAGUUGUUGCCAUCAAACAAGCUUAAGUGCCAUGGAUCCAAUGUACUGGGAGAAAUUUCAGAGAAAAGUGUUAUAGAUUGAGAGAUUCCUUGCCUAGGAAAUUAUGUGAUUAGGAAAAGGCCACUCAUAUUGUGUUAUGUAACUCCAUAAGGAAGAAAAAAAAAGAGUACGAAGUUGUUCAGCUGAAGUAUAGUGUGGGAGCUCUAUUUUCUUACUUAGAAUAGAUAUUACAGUAUG